UCUCCAGUUGAGGUUGAAAUGUCUCAUCUCCUCCCCGAGCUUCUGACCCUUCUCCUCACGCUAUUAACCCUGGCUCACGCAGAUGGGGAUGUAGUCGUGUGUGGUGGGUUUAUCAAAUCCACUACUAAAAUACCCUUCGCUGAGGUUAAAGUGGGGGUUUUUAGCGUUGAUGGUAUUCUGAAAGAGUCUACCGAGUGUGCACCACACAACGGGUACUUCCUUCUGCCACUCUAUUCAAAAGGACAAGUUUCAGUGAGGGUAUUGCCCCCGGCAGGUUGGACAUUUUCACCUGAUCAGAUAAUGUUGGACAUUGACGGGACAUCAGACCUGUGCUCGCGUGGCCAGGAUCUGAACUUUAUUUUUCAAGGAUUCACGGUGUCAGGUAGCGUGGUAAGCAAAGGGCUAGACACAGGACCCUCGGGAGUAAGUGUCUCUUUUGCAGACAGUCAGGGUACUAUCUUGCAGCACGUUCAAACUCUGGACGGUCUGUUCUCCAUUUCCAACGUGAAAAGCGGUACUUACACUAUCUCACUGUCACACCCAACCUGGAAAAUGGAAAUCCCAACAUCAUCCGUAACAGUGGGCCUACAGAAUCUGGUUAUAGAGGAGCCUUACGCAGUGAUCUCAUACGAUGCCCGUGGAAUAGUACACAGCUCAGGACAGCCUAUUGCGGGAGUGGAGAUCUAUCUGACACCCCUUUCAACAAAAGGAGGGAGUCUGGUUGAAGGGUGUGAAGGAGUGGAGAGUGAGAGGGGGGUGUGCAAGGUUACUACCGAUACUAAUGGUCUCUAUUACUUCCCUUCUCUUUCUCCAGGCCAGUACAAGAUAGUCCCUCACUACCAAUCUGAACACAGUACUUUCGACGUGUCUCCAAACGAGCUCACAUUUGAGGUUACCACUACAACGGUGGAGAUGUCAGAGGCUUUCACUGUUAACGGCUUCGCGGUUAUUGGACGGGUACUGGAUGCACUGGAGAACGGUAAAACUCUUCCUGGUGUGAAUAUAUUCGUUAACGGGGACAAAGUAGCAGUGACUGACUCUGAGGGCCACUUCGAGUUGAGUAAUGUUACCAGUGGAAAAUAUGAAGUUGUGGCCAAACUCAAGGGUUACUAUUUCACUACUGAGACCUUGGAGAUAUCUCCCAACAACCCUGCUUUACCUGAUAUCCAAGCUAAUGCGUACCAGCUGUGUGGGGUGGUUGACAUGACAACCCCUCCUGCCACAGCACUCCCACUAGGACAGCGCAAAGUAGGUCUCCGGGCUGAGGAGGACUCCAAUACUGCCCUGGUAACUACUAGUACUGAUAUCAGCGGGGCCUUCUGCUUCAAAGUGUCACCAGGGAAAUAUAUUCUCCAGAGUCUGAUCGGUACACAAGAGCACCGUGACGGACUCCGUCUGACCCCACUGAAUGUGGAGGUAGAAGUAACCAGCACACCAGUAGAUGGUGUCCACUUCUCCCAAUCCCUCGCCACUCUGCAUGGCACUGUCAAGUGUAUUGGGGAGGAUUGUGGUUCUGUGAGUGUACAUGUGUCCUCUAAUACAGGUACCUACACUGCUGAGGUACAAGGUGGCAUAUGGAGGCUCAGUGGUCUACUACCCGGAGAGUAUAAGGUGACGAUAGAGUACCCUGCCUGGUGUUGGAAGGAGACAGAGCAGACAGUAACUGUGGAGGAUGUGUUGGAGACACCCUCCUUCGAGCAGUCUGGUUAUAUUAUGAAACUGGAAGUGUCGCACGCGGCUCAACUAAACUUCUCUGUAGUGCAGGAUAACGAGCAUACUGACUUUGGAACAUUUAGCUUGGAGAAGGGAACCAACAGGUUCUGUUUGAAGAAGCCUGGUGUCUAUAACCUAGUGCCGUAUGCGUGUCACAAGUUUGAAUCAUCCUCCUAUCAGUUCAACACAGCUGAGUCCAACGAGCUAAUCCUUACUGCUACUCAACAUCUUGUUACUGGUACAAUGAAGUUGAAGCACACAGCGGGACAGGUUCAGGUAAUCCUGACUAACAUAGACACACAUGAUAAAAUAACAUUAGAGGCAGUAGCUUCUGGGGAGCCAGAUGAUGAGGGAGACACUCUCUUUACUUACCAGACUUGGAGCCCACCUAAUCAGCAUUACCUGGUGAAGCCCACUUCCGAGAACCUGCUCUUCACACCCGUCUCUCAAACUACUGUAGUUUGGGAUAUCACGUGUCCUACCGUUAUCCCCGGCUUCAGUGGCCAACCCGGUACAUUCGUCUCAGGAAAAGUGACUCCAGCAGUGCGAGGGGUUUUAAUUACACUGACCUCCCCGGACAGUGCGGAUCUCAAGUUAACUCAGAUAACAGAUGAUAACGGAGUAUACAGUAUCGGUCCUCUUCACAAUAACCUACAUUACCAGGUGUCUGCAGAGAAACAGGACUACGACAUUAUCAAGAGCGAGGAAGGAGGACAUGACUUUGUUGCUAUAAAACUUAGCAAACUUACUGUAUCUAUUAACAUAGGUGAGGGAGUGCUGCCAGGGGUGCUAGUGUCAGUGUCCAGUACUAAGGGCUACCGUAACAAUGUUCUGCUGGAGGAUGCACCUCUUGUUCUCUCUGGACUCGUUCCUGGCGACUACUAUAUAAGACCUAUAAUGAAAGAAUACCAGUUCACGCCAAGCUCCAAGAUGUUGACUAUAACUGAGGGUCUGGAAGUAGAUGUGAAACUUGUAGCCCGCCGUGUCGCCUUCAGCUGUUAUGGUAAGAUAACGACCCUGAACGGGACCCCCCAAUCCGGAGUGGUUAUUGAAGCAGCUGGUGCUGGUGACUGUGCUCUUAUUGAAGAAGGAGUGUCUGGAGUAGAAGGAGAGUAUCGUAUCAGAGGACUUCCGCCCAACUGUCCUAUAACAAUAUCAGUGAGAAGUGAUAAAUCUACUGAUGUUAGACGUGCCUCUCCUAAAACUCGUCUUAUACAGGUUGGAGAAUCAGAUACUGAAAAUGUUAACUACAUAAUAUUCCACCAACCCACAACAUUUGAUAUCACCGGUUACAUCGACAUUGCCGAUGAGUACAUCUUGACCACUAAGGUUGUACUGAUUGACGAAUCACGUGAACAAGGCAGGAAGGUUCAUAGCUCACCAUUGGAUCAAAGUAGGCUGUUCAUCUUCCCGGAAAUGGACCUCUCACAUUCCUUCACCGUGAAACUGGAGUCUUCCUUAUCACCUUCCAUGUAUAAUUUCAAGAUACCUGAUGUUAAACUGAAGUCUGAAGGACCUUACCAACAUACUGACAUAGCUUUUAACCCCAUUAGAAAAAGUGUGCCUCAGGAACAAGUGACACGAGCUAGUUUCACAGCAGUUGCUAUUAUCGUACUCUCCAUGGUAUUGGCUGCCAACCACGCUACUCUCGUUCCGGUAUUUUCCCAGGUUUAUCAAAGUGUGAUGAACAGGAACAGUGGAGAUAUCCCUGAAUCAACAGGGGAGACUAACGGUAUGGAGUACAUAGACGAUGUCCACAGAUCAGGUAUACGCCGUGGAAAGUCUCGAAAGCGUUAAAGAACCAGAAACUCAGAAAUAUAGAAAUAUCAAUGUUAUUUUGAGAAAGGAAAAAAAUGCAAUUAUGUAUUUUUAAUGAUGCAAUAUAAUUAAGAUACUAUAGCAUAUUAGACAAUAUCAUUAUAUACUCAUUUUAUUUAAACUUUAUUAUAUUUGCGCUUUUAAAGGUAUGAUAAUCUUUCAUAUUAUACAACAGCCAAACGUACGCAUGGCUUAUUUAUGAGAACCAUUGUUAUAUUAUUUUUUGAAAAUCGAUAUAGAUGACAAGGACGCUUUUAUAAACUUAUUAUAGUAAAAUAAGAUAAUUAUCAUUUUGCCUUUUGGUUAAGGUAAGGUUUAUUCAGCUGAUUUUGAUGUUUUGGUGUGUUGUUCUGUUUUUGUUGUUGUCUCUAUUUUGUUUAUUUA